GAAUUGUUGAUUUUAAUAUAAGAUAAUGUUUAAAGGAAGUUUUAAUUGUAAUGGAAAAGUUAAUAUAAAUGACUGGCAAUUAAACAGUUCUAGCUUACUUCAACAAAAUGAAGUAGAUAAUGUGUUGAGUGACAGAAGAUCAUUGCCUGAUUUAAUUUUUAAUGUAUUUGACUCUAAACUACCAGGAAUAAAUAUUUUGUUAAAUUUAAAACAUUUUGCUAGAUGUUUGGAAGCUAAACUGAAGCAACUCGAUAGGCAUGAAAUACUAACGGAUUCUGGGAAACAAUCUGUAAUAGAAAUAUAUAAACAUGUGGAUUUUUUAUUACUAAGAAUGAAAAUUUGUGAAUUUCUUUUUUAUUUACGUAACUAUUUGCAAAGUAUAAAAGAAGAAAAUUUUUCACUUAAAGAUAUAGCUGAUGAGGCAGAAAAAGACUUUCAUGAUUUACUUGGUACAAUUCGUAGAUUUCUUUGUCGACUACGCAAAAUGCCUGAUUCUACAUUUCUUUAUGCCACAUCGAAUGUUGGCAAUAAGUGCAAUCAGCCAGAAUAUCACAUGUACCACAUUCACCUAGACUUAAGAUGGCUAAUAAUUUCGCUUACUUAUAUACAAAAUAAUUCAUGGGGUUGUCUAGAUAAUAAGUCUGAUGAUUUGGAAAACAUUAUUUACGCAGUUAUUGGUGAUUUGAUUUAUAUUUCAUUGAAAAUAUUUGAAAGGAUUUCUACCGCUGAAUUGAAACUAAAAACACCGUACACUUGUACUUGUAUGAGAGAAUUAUGGAUUAUGCUACAGAUAUUUACAGAUGAUUUAUCCGUGAGAGGAAAAUGUAAGAUGUUUUGGGCUUACGUCAGUUCAAUUUUAAAACACUUAUGUUCAAACGAAUUCAACAAGGAUAUUGCUCCUUUUCAACAAAAUAUAGAUUUACCAUAUUGUAAAAAUGCAGAAUUAUUUUGCAUAUGGCUUAUAUAUCACUUAAUGCUAUUAUAUGGAUAUAAUAAAAACGGUGGAUACUGCAAUAGUCCUUCUAGUAGACUUAAUGAACGUCAAAUUGAAUCAAGCAUUGAUAUAGUAGAGAAAAUAUUAAAAGCUUAUGUAAAUAAAGGCGGUAAGAAUGGCGCCAGAGAUGAAAUAGAUGAAGAAUUGUGUAUCAUAAUACCAUUACUGCAUGUUUUAAACUUUGAAUGGUGGAAACCUCAAGUUCAGAUAAUCACAUUAUUAUGGGAAUGCUUUCAUCGAAGAUUAGAUCAACCAUUUUUAAUGCAAACACGAGGUCCUUGGUCUACAUCCAGCGAGAAAAAAACGCCAAUAGAUAUUUUAGAUCAAGUUAGAGGUAGAAUUAAAAUUAUAAACGACGUAAGCAAUGAAUCUAGCUUUGGCUUAUUUCUGCGUUUAUUAGGAGCAAUGCUACAAAAGCAUUAUAAUCGUAGUGAUUUGAAAAUUUGGAAUCAAAUAAUAGGGCGAAUUUAUUCUAGAUUCUCGCAAAAUAAAAUACAAGAAUUCUCGGAAUCUGGCCUUUUUAAUUUUAUAACUUUAUUUAUUACGUUAGCCGUUACUGGAGAUACAAUUAACGUGUGCUCAGCUAUGGUAAAUUUGUUACCAUCGGUCAUCGAUUGGAGCGACUCAGUUGGUAGUAAAAAAUGUUGUUUAAUUUGGAAGAGUAAACUCGUUGUUUUGCUGCUGUAUAACGAAAAAAAGUUAUCAUAUCAAGAUAUCGCGGAAGACUAUACAGAAACGGCCAACGCCAUAAGCUGUCGAAAAGAUGAAUUUUCCCGUUCCAUGAUGAUGUGGUUUAUAGAUGUUCUUAGAAUAAUCUUAACACAGAGCGAUGAUUUUGGACGCUCCGAGCAUGCUUUUCUCGGUGGGUGGAUCGAUCGUUAUCUUUUAGAAUGUUCUCCGAAUAGGGUAACGAUUUUAACAAGCGUACUUUUGCAAGUUUUCGAUAAAUGCAACGAUCUUCAAACCACCAAUAUGAUGGGAUGUUCGUUGAUGUUAAAUGGAUUAUGGAAUCAUGUUGCAAGUCGAGUUCGUCAAAUGGUCACCACCUUUGAUUUAUCAACAAAAUUCUAUGAAAAUCCUACGAAACUAGCUGUGCUAUUUACACUUGAAGCUUGUCGCGAUCCAGUCACAGCAAAGAAAUACAGACAUUCAGCGAUAUCACUUUUUCAUCAUUUUACUACAUCCAUUAUCAUAAAAGAUAUAAGGAUUACAAGAUUAUAUUUAACUUUGAUAUUAGAAAACGCUAUUACCUUGGAACAUUUGAGAAAGGAAAUUUUACAUUUUAAUACAAUUUGUAUUCAGGCAUGGAUAAAAUGUAAUAUAUUAAAUUGUGACGUUAAUAACGAAACGAUAUUUCUUAAUAAUUAUAUCUCUAAUUUACCUGAAAUUACGGAAAUUUUAAAGUCUGAAAGUGAUAGAAAUGAAUUUCUAAAUAGUAAUGAAUCAAUUAUAAGUUUCUUAAUGAUUCUUUCAAGAAAUAGAACAAACCUAAUGUCGGAACAGCAAUGCAUAUCUUUUGAUGCUACCUGCAAGCCAUUUUUCCAUAAUAUAGAAAAGUGGGCGCUGCAACUUAUAAAUGAAGAGAAUAAAGAUACAACACUCGCAGCUUGGAUUUAUAAAUGCAUUGGAACGGUUAUUUUUUAUUGUUCGCCAAUAUUAUAUGUGAAGAAUCAAUUAAAUAAUACGUUAAAAACGUUAAUUAACAAAAUUGCUUUACCCCCAGAACAAUCGACUCAACAACAUAUAACGUAUCUCGCUCAAAAAAUAUUUUCAAAGUUAAUUUUAGGUAUUGAGAACUUAAAUAUAAAGUCCGACAUAUCUUUGCAAACUUUAAUUAGAGAACUUUUCGAAAGGUAUCUUCCACUAUUAAUAAAAAUAGAAGGCAACGAUGGAAACUCAUUCCAGGUUUCAGAUACACUUUCAAAAUGUUUUUUAAAAGCUAAACCUGAUUUUGUUCGGUUGAUCUUGGAGAUUUUAGGACGUAAUUUUAUUACCAUACCUGGAGGUAACACUGUACAUAAGCAUUGUUAUUUGGUAAUGUUGUUAUUGAGAAAUAUAAUUCGAGCUGGAGAAAUUUAUACCAGUGAUACUGUACAUUUAAUCAUUAUAAUUUGUGUACCCUCUAUUCUCAAUUGUUACAUGAGGGUGCAUUAUCACCAUCCACACAAACAACAAACAAUUACUUUACUACAAGACUUAUUUUUAAACUCGUAUUUUAAAAAAUGUUCGGCAAUAAGGGAGAAAUUUAACGAAGUCGUUUGGAGUGUAUUACGUAAAUUCAUUGUAUCAAAUAUAAAAAUUAGUUUCGAAUUUUUAAGCUCUACUGAAAAAAUUAAUUUUGAAUUUUUCCAAUAUUUAUUGUCCUGUAUCGAAUGUAUGGUAUCAGAAUGCGAGAAAAAUAAAAAUCCUUUAGCAGCAGCACUAAGAUAUUAUCUUAAUGACGUAAGCAUGAAACUCACUAAGUCAAAGAUCCAAAAUAGUAAAGAUGCAGAUUUUUAAUAAAAUGCUAGAAUUCUAGCAU